AUGGAACAAAUUAUUACCGUAAAGCCUAUUAUUACUGUCCCCGAAAAGACUAAGAAGCAACCCGUCAAGAGAGGCAUGACUCAAAUCGCUAAGGAAGAAACUAAGAGAGAAAGAAUUCAAAGAGAACAAAGAGAAGAAAUUGAAUGCGCAAAGUUGGAAAAGUUGGAAAAGAGAGUCAAGUUGAACGACGAAGUUAGAAUUACUAAGUCUGCUAAGGAAUGUAUUAAUAGCACUUUUGGCCAUAAUGAGAACCAUGAAUCUGUCUUGGAAUAGAAUGGAAACGGAUUUGCUAUUAAUUUGUCCUUAUCUCUUCUCUCUUCUUGCGCUUCUUUAUAAGAAAACAAUGCUGCUUGCCAAAGCACUUGUUUGAACGCUCUCUCUUCUCCUUUAAGAGCUUUAUCAUAGAUGUCAACAUCCUACUCCAACUUGGAUGAUGAGUCUCUUACCGAAGAAACCUCUUCAGCUCUUUCUCACCUCAACAAGAAAUCCAGCAGCUCCGACGAAGAAGAAUGCGUCUCCUCUCAUUUCCUUUCACAGAAAAUACUUUCAGAUGAUGAUGAAGAUGAAUUUGAUGGAAUAGCGAAAAGUAGUAGUGAUAAUCCAAUACCAAACCUAACGUCGCUGUAGUCGUUAGAUUCAUGUCCACUGCAGGGGCAUAGUUAGUUGAAAAGCACAAACGACAUCGAAAUUAGCAUCUCUUAAAAAACCAUAGCUCAAUUACAAGUUGAAGAAAAAUCAUCAUCCUCAACACAAGCAUCCACUAAAAAAGGUAUUAACAGUGCUUCAUUCUUGAGCAGAGAACACACCAAAAAAUGGUCUCAUGACGAAACCUUGAAAUUCUACAAGGGACUUGAACUCUUCGGAACAGACUUCUCUAUGAUUUCAAGACUCUUCACCAACAGAACCCGCAAAAUGUGCAAGAACAAAUUCAGAAAAGAGGAGAAAGUCAACAUGUAAGAAAUCGAAAAACGCCUCUAAUGCAACAGAAGUCUUCGCAUGAAAAAAGUUGUCUAAAGACUUAAUGUCAUACGCGCUAAACUCAACCUCAAAUUUGCCAAAACUCCUGAAGAGCGCAUCUAAAUCAUUCAAAAUGCUCGCAGAUCUCGCUUUGAUAGUUUCAACAGCAUUGAUUCCUUAGAUAUCAACGUAGUAGAAACCAUCGAAAGUUAGCUCAAUGGACAAUCUCUCUUUUGA